AUCAAAGUUCAGUUAAAGUUCUGAAUUCGAAACAAAAACAUUAAAUAAAGAUUCUAUUAUUGGAAUCCGACAAUGUCUAGUCAAAUUGUUGUACUCGGAUCUUGUAUGAUCGAUUUUGUAAGUUAUUCUCCGCGAUUACCUAAAAAAGGUGAAACGCUAAAAGGUACAUCUUUCGUAACAAAUCAAGGUGGAAAAGGGGCUAAUCAAUGUAUGUCUGCAGCUAAAUUAGGUGGAAAUGUUGCGCUCAUUGCUAGGGUAGGCGACGACCAUUUUGGCAAAGAAUAUAUAGAAGUUCUUAAAUCGUAUUCUGUAGACGUGACACAUACUCGACUUACACCGAAUUAUUCUUCAGGAAUAGCUCAAAUAAUGGUUGAUGAAUCCGUAGGUGAUAAUUCAAUAGUUAUUGUACCUGGUGCAAACGAUGCAUUAUCAUUAGAAGAUUUACAUCAAGCGGAAGAAUUACUUGCUAAUGCCGGAAUUUUAGUAUGCCAACUUGAAACGCCAUUAAAUGUCACACUACAAGCUCUAAGACAUUUUAAAGGAACCUCAAUAUUAAACGGUGCUCCAGCUAUUCAAGAUAUUGACGUCGAUUUUUUGAAGCUAGCUACAAUAUUUUGUGUUAAUGAAACUGAAGCAGCUACAGUUACUGGAUUAAACUGUGAAAAUCUAGAUGAGGCUAAGAUUGCUUUAAGAAAACUUCUAAGUAUGGGUUGUAAUACAGUAAUUUUAACUCUUGGAGAUAAAGGUGCAAUCAUUGGUUUUAAAGGUGACCAAAACAUUACCCAUGUUUCAUGUGAUAAAGUUACUCCAGUCGAUACUACUGGCGCUGGCGAUUGUUUCAUUGGUUCUCUAGCAUUUUUAAUGGCUAAAUUUCCCGACUUAAAUUUGGAAGAUCAUGUUAAAAUUGCAUGUGCUUUAGCUUCUUAUUCAGUACAAUUUAUGGGUACCCAUAAAGCUUUUCCAGAUUCGAAUAUUUUAAGAAAAUAUUUACAAUAAAUUUGCGUAGCAAAUAUAAAAUCUAAUUUAAAACCUGUGUUUGGUAAACAACAAUUCGGUAAAGAAAUUUUAUUUUACGCAGCCGAAAGCUGAAUCACUUAAUUAGAGAGAUAUGUCAUUAAUUUUCCAUAGAGCAUGAAAUCUCGGUACUGCAAUCGAGAAUUUCAGUUUGCUGCCGAGCCUCCACGUUUCAUGGAAAAUUAACGGCUUAGCUCCUACACGCCCUGCAAUCUGAUCAAAGAUUUUUGUAUAGUAAUAUUUUAAUACCCGCAAGCAGAGAUUUUUAUAAAGAAUGACUUUUUAUCGUAUUAAAAAAAACAGUCUUUUGUUCUCUUGUUAACUUCGUCGGUGGUGCUUAGAAUAAUGUUUGCGAAGUAUUCCUUUUUUACGAAGUAAAUAGUUUUA